GAGCCUUGCCCCUAUGGAAAAGAAGGGAAGCCACCAGAAUGCUACGACUUACCGAAGGAAUUCUCUAGAGAUAACAUCAAUAAUCCAGAAAUUGUCGCCCAAGAAAGCAUGAACGUCUCAGUAACUUUACUUUGUAAAGCCAACGUUCUUAACGGAAUCGCCAGCUGGAGAAAUGUGACUUAUAAGAUAGAAUGGUUUGCUGAGGGAAAGUCAUUACAAGUAGAGACUAUCUGCGGUGGUAUUCCGCCCGGAAGCCUUAACGAAAAAGCUUGUCCAGAUGGCACUCUCGUCUCCAAACUGCCUGGCUCUAAAUACAAGAUAGGAACCUGGAUAUCAUGCAAUGUCUCUGCAAUAUUUACAACUUCGCCGAAAAACGUGUGGUCGCCCUCAAAAGCUGUACGGGAACCCUUUUUUGCAGGCAUUCAGGUAUAUCCUAGGACUACCUUAUUGCAAAUGCAAACAUGUUCCCUUAGCAUCCAGACGAUAACUUUGACACCGAAAAUACCAGCUCGUAAAAAUCAAAAUGGCCAGUGGCCAAUGGUCUCUUUCUGGCUCCCAGAAGAAAUACAACUGGUUGACGAAAAGCAAUGCGGGGUCCUGUUGGAAGGCACAAGAAAUGUUACCAUAGCAAUAAAGGCAACUUGUCCAGAUGGUAUUGUUACAGAAGGUCUAAAAGCCAUAGUUCCACUGAUGGACGUCCACAGUACGGUUUGGAAUCCAAAAACAGGACUUCCAACUAUAUGGGUCACUGUCCUGAAGCCAAAGGGAGAUAACAUACAGACUUGUACCUCAAUCACAGAUCCUCAUAUAACUGCUCUUGGAACUAAUGGAUAUUUCCAUUUCAUGGGUCUCGGUGACUUUAUUCUUUACAAGAACAUGGAGAGAAACUUUGAGGUUCAAACACGGCAAUGGGCUUGUGACAAUAAGCCAUUUCCAAAAGGUGGACACAAUGGAGCAGGAAGAAUUAGUUGCAACUGUGGUGCAGUCCUCAGGGAUCACAAUGACGUAAUUGAGUUCAGCUGUUGUAACGAUCGUAUGACUCGGGACAAGACAACGCCCAUUACCGUAAAAAUACGUAGCAAGAAAUGCUUAUCACCAGGGAUAUCCAUAAAAAGGGUUAUACCCGGAGUAAAUGGCAAAUAUGAGGUACUGUUUCCGUCGGGUGCAAAAGUAGUAAUAAGAAGAAAUUACUAUGGACUAGAUAUUGUCAUCCAGACGCCGAGAGCAGUUGACACAAACCAAGAAAGAGGACUGUGCAUGUACCCUGGACCUUACAACAAAUAUAUAACUGACGCAGGUUUCAAAGAAAGGCUAGAGGUCGGUAGAAGCUACUUUGAUACGCUACCUGUAGAUGUUCAAGAUAAGGAAGUGAUAUAUUCCUCAGCAUGUUUAUGCCGAAAAGAGGAAGAGGGAAAAGGUCCCCCGCCUUCCUGCCAAAGUGUUUUCGAAGCUGCUUUCCCCACACUUGUGAAAAACAAUAAUAUGGCCACACUUAGGCCUCAACCCUCACCUUCUAGCUUAUGUGACAGAGAUAAAAGAGAUAUACAUUUCUGGGAUGAUAUCACUGAUGAAGAUAUACAAGUCUACAAGCGAACACUUCAUUUACAUCCUCGGUUGAAGAGAUCAGUAGCCAACAAACAAGUUUCAAAUGAAAACGCUACGCGUUAUUGUGCUACGAGAAUAUCCGAUACAGAGCUUGGAAAGCUUUGUGCAAAGGUCGGCGUCAAUGUUCAGCAGCUAGUUAAUACUUGUUCGGUAGAUGUUGAGCUCACUGGAGACUUCUCCUUUGCAAGUGGCAGUGUGUCAUUGUUAGUCGAACAGUGUGGAGUACUAGGAGCCAAAUAUCUAUCCAUACUUGCUAACGGAAGUCGUGAAAUAGAUCCUGUUGCUGAAGCAUUUGUUAAACAGGUGGCGGAGCUGCUGUGUCCAAAUGAUUGUACAUUCAAUGGAAAAUGUGUCAAUGGCUCAUGCGUUUGUCACAAAGACUUCACAGCUUCUGACUGUUCGAUGUCCAUUUAUCAGAAACCUGNAUUUUAUUUCUAUGGUAGAAAUGCUAUUUUUUCGUACUGUUUUGUCAUUCACUGCGCGUGGUGUUUAUUAUUUGGAAUUUCGAAACGAACAAGUUCAAGAAUUGGCAUUGUAGUUUCAAGGAAAAUUGAGGGAAACUCUUGCAUGAUAAAUGGCUACUGCUUCGCUCCUAAUGAGACCAACCCUUUAGACUGGUGUAACCAGUGCGUUCCUGAAAUAAGCACAUCCACUUGGACGAAGCGUCAAGUAAACCUGCCACCCAAGUUUUCGCCAACCUCUGACUACUUCGUGGUAUCUGGAGAAACCCUCAAACUGUCCAUUGAUGUUGCAGACCCAGAAGAUAUGCCUGUUACCCUUUCACUUUCACAAGGAAGCCCAACGGAGGCGUCAAUCGUCGACAAUGUUUUAACAUGGAAAGCCACCAAUGACGCCUUGACUCUGUUUUUUCUCAAAGCAGCAGACGCUUGUCAAGCUACAUCUUAUGCUAACAUUAACGUGUCUUUGGUUGCUUGCCAGUGUAAGAAUAACGGAACCUGUGUGCCCCACCCAAAUUAUCCGAGAGGAUCAGGGUUUUAUGCAUGUGAUUGCUUGCCAGGAUUUACUGCUGAAAAAUGCGAGACCAACAUUGACGAGUGCCGGUCCUUUCCAUGCUUUCGAGGUCGCUGUAUCGAUAGAGUGAAUACGUACGAAUGUGAUUGUGACCCUGGAUAUGUUGGUCGGGACUGUGACACCAAUUAUGAUGACUGUAGUUCUUCUCCUUGCGUAAAUGGAAAUUGCACGGACUACGUGGGUACAUAUAGAUGUACUUGUGAUCCUGGAUAUAGUGGACUUAAUUGUACUAUUAAUGUCGAUGAAUGUGAGUCAUCUCCCUGCGCAUUCGGCACAUGUGUGGACAACAUCAACAGCUUUACCUGUAUCUGCCCAACCGGAUUCAGUGGUGUAAAUUGCGAUGAGAACAUAGAUGAUUGCCUCACAUCCCCCUGUGCAAAUGGGACCUGUAUUGACUUAGUAAAUAACUACACGUGUAACUGCUUCGCUGUCUUUAGCGGUCCAAACUGCGAUAUUAAGAUAGAGAACUGUACCGAGGAUUUUUGUUACCCUAAUGUGACUUGCGUCAAAAACAAUGAAAUAAUUAGCUGUGGUCCAUGUCCCUUGGGGCUCACCGGAGAUGGAAAGAACUGCAAAGAAUCCAGUACAUUACACCCAAUACGCACAAUAUCUGCAGUUAAAGAUUCCGUCGUGUCGUCUUCAGUGGUCAGAGACAUGCCCCCAACUGAGGCCCGUCCUAGGGCUAUAACUACAUCUCCGCCAACAACGUCAGAAAACCAGGAAACGGUGUUUGCAGUUGAAAUGCGUAUAGAGAAGAUAUGGAAUGAACACCUAAAGGAUAUGACUAGUUCGGCAUUUAACGAAUUAGCCUCCGUCAUUGAAACUGAGGUAAAGAAACAGUAUUCUGGUGUCAUAAGCUUUAUUGGAGUAAAAAUUAUAGCAUUCAGGCCUGGAAGUAUUGUUGCUGAAUUUAAGCUGCUAUUCAACCAGAAAGUGUCAGAUGACACAGCAGUAGCUCCUUUGAAAAAGGCCGUAAAGAACGGCAACCUUGGUCCAUUGAUUGUCAACCCUGAUUCCGUAAAACUAAUGAAGGAAGAUUAAGAUCCAACGAAUGAUGUAAAAGAAAAGCUUCCUUAUCCAAUCAUCAUUGGUGCUUCCUGUGGCGGGAUUUUUGUCAUCGUGCUCGUCAGCAUUUGUCUCGUCCGCCACUGCCAGCGUCAAAAGAGACUUCACCGCCGGCGCUUUUCAAGCGGUAUGCCUUCUGAAGUUCCUUUUCCUAAUCAGGACAAAUACGAGCUAGAAGAAACGCGUUCUAAGGAGGAUAUAGUCAGCUACGAGGAGCAAGGUCUCUGGAAAGAGGCUGGUGAUAACGAGAAGUUCAAUGGAGGAGCUCGUUACCCAGAAGUAGGCAUCGCCAAUAUGGCUUCUGAAAACAGAGAUAUAGGCAAGGCGAAUGAUUCAGGCUACCAUCAAAGAAUUGAAAUGGCACGCGACCCCGAGCGCUACCAGCAGUUUGGCAUCGUUAAGAAAGCUGGAAAAUAUCGAAGGACACAAGAGGCUUAUUUUAAAACUCGCUUUUGUACGCGCAUUUUAAAAUCGCCUUUUACGAGGCAGACAAGCCUUUUUUAAAAAUUUUCUUUUUUCAUCGUAGCCCUUGAAAUGUCACAAGAACUAGGUUUAAUAUGUAUUGCUGCUAUAUUUGAAGUGCAAUUACCGGUUUUAUUUGAUCUUUCAGUCGGCAAUUCAAAGCUUUCCAUCUUUGUAUAACUCAUUUUCAGGGGAACAUCCUUUGGUUUAUGUAGCUGAGCAGCAAAAAAAAAAAAAAAAAAAAAAAAAAAAAAAAAAAAAAAAGACGUGAAAAAUGUAGCGGAGUCUAUUUUUCUGUUUUUAACAACCCUGCCAUAUAAGUGUCUACUUUUGUUUCUAAAACGUAGAGUAGGUAUAAGAAGGAACCAUUGUAUCCUUUCUAACACUGCAAAGACUUUGGGAGGCUGUAAAUACACCUGUUCCUUUUCGACGGUUAGGGCAAUUUCCGCUUCGUAGGUUUGAUCAUGCUGAAGAUAAUUAUUAUGAAAAACUGCUCGAAGCAUGGCUGAGUCAGUCGGAAGUGGCUGCGUUAAAUGAUGAGCUCAGCAUUCCACACAUCUUUAGCCAACAAUUAUUAUGCAAACAGUAUAGAACGCUAAUCGUAUAACCUUUCAGUCAUUAAACCUUCGCGUUUUGAAGACUGUUUUUAUUCUGAU